AUGCCUGCUUCUCACCUUCGGGCAUCGAUAGAGGCUCGAAACGCCAAGAAAAAAGCUAUGGAAAACGCUGUUUGGUUGCCGAAAUCGACCAGAAAAGUUCAUCAAGCUUCUCCGGCAACUCAACUAGGAAGUUCGGGUGCUGGCAGCAACCAUCGGAAACAGAGGAAAAUCACCAACACAGAUGUAGCCGCUCGCAGUGACAAGAGCCUGCCUUUGAAGACGAAGCGACAGCAUACCUUUGUGGAUGAUGAACACAAUGAGGAAUCAAGUGCCGGUGAUGAGGACUUGGAGCCUAAAACACCUCGAGGCUUGUAUCGACCUCACAAGCUUCGUCGCACAUAUGCGAUGCUGGAUGUCAAUGCCAGUACAUUGUUCAACUCUGAUGAGCUCGACUCUGAUACACAGGUUGACGGUAAGAAUGGUCAAGACUCGGAUGCUGACGAGGAGAGUGAAGGCGAGGAACAAGAGACUACUGCCAUGAGGCUCGCCGAUGAGGGUGACAAAAAGAUGAAGCCGCACAAUGUUCAAUCACGCAGCAAGAGCAAAUCUCAGUCUGGUCAAUCUGCUCGAGAUCGCAAACAAGCAGCUGAGUGUGGGGGAUCCGAAGAGCCCUACUCUAGUGACAUUGGAGGCACUACAGUCACCUCCGCCACACCUGCGCCCAAGAGUGCUGCUUGUCUCAUUCAAUAUGAGACUGGGAAGGUGAAACUACUUGAUCAAAAUCAAGAGACUCGCCGAGUAGUCCGGGAUGCAAUUAUGGAUGCCAAGGGCCACCUCAUUUUCAUCAAUGCAUAUCCCGAACUCGUCGAUAAAAAUCAAGUCGCGCUCCAGUCCUUGCUUACAGUGGCCAAGAAAAGUGGUGCGCAUGCCAUCAAACAACGUCUUCAAGAAGACACACAGUAUGCGACUCAGCUUGGUAACCUGGUGGAGCCUCGCAUCCCGUUAUUACGCCGUGACCUGAAAGAGGUUGCAUGCGCCAACAUCGAUGGCUACUUCCGUCUCGGCCAGAGCACAGUGAAGGCGAAAAAACUUAUGGAGCAACACGCGUAUUCAUAUUCUUUGAAGUUUGAUUCCAAUGACAAUCCCUCGCCUAGGGGAAACAAACCCUACCAGGGUGAACUUGUUAUCUUUCUACUGCAUACUGGAAUCUUCAAUGGCCCGAAGUCCAUCGGCGUCAAAUUCGCAGAGCGCUUCAUCGAAAUUGCCGGCAACAAAGCCAAACGCCCCGAAAUGCCUGUGCCAUUGCUGGCGCUGGUUGCGACGGCAAUCUAUGCAGCCCUGUUUUGGAAGACGCUUGGUUCCCCAGGGAAGUUCAACUUCACGGGGAAUCAAUUCAGCGAAACUUAUAUGUUUCAUGUGAAGUUCCUCGAGGAUCUGAAGAAGGACGUGCCUAAGAAGUUUCACUGCAUGAUGGCGGACAUCUAUGAGUCUGUUCAGUAA